AUGAUCACCAAAUGUCAGACCACUUCUAAAAAAAGUCAAGGUUUAGGAAUUAAUAAGAAUUUAAAUAAAGAAAAAGAAACCGAAAAAAUAUUAAAAGCACAGAAAGAGAUCGAAAGUGAGACACAGAUGGCUAUCGAAGACUUGACCACAUUUGCCAUCGAAUACAGAGAAUUAAUAAAUAAUGAGACAAACAAUGAAACCCUGAAUAUAAUUGACGGCUAUUUGACAUUAAAUGAUAGUUCGUUUAUGUUUAACGAAACCGAUCUGAAGACGCCUUUCAUCAUAACAUCAAAUGUCACCACAAAUGGCUCAAUGGUGUCAAUCAAUGUCGAAACGCCUGAUUAUACGAAUGGCACUGAAAUUGACUUAUUUGUGAACACAUCGACACCAAUAAGUCUUAAUUACUCGACGACACCCUUUGAGACAAACGAUACAGAAUUGACAGAAAUGCCAGACUAUGAGACCCUAUCCACUGAAGUGACACAACAUUUGAAUGAAUCGCCGUUUCAUAACUCGACCAUCACUGGCAUCGGUUCCGUAACACAGAGUUCUGUCGACUUAAAUAACGGACUCAACGAAGAGUCUGAGAAAUGUGUUUUCGAGAAACAAAUUCAAUGCAAAAACAUUCAACUAAUGUGUUUCGGUUCGGGAGAAGUGGACUGCGGGUCCAAAGCCAGGAACAGGAGAAACACUAUAAGUGCGGACACAAUAGUGAACCGCACUCUCGAUGACAACGACUCUAGUUUUCAAGUGUCUAAACAAUAUCUCGAGAAACAGCCCCUAAGCGAGAGAAUCGAGAAUAUAAAGUGUAUCUACGAAUUGAUUUCUGGUGGUCUAAUGGUUACCAUUGUUUUCGAUACUCCUCUCUGGUCUGUAGUCAUGGAUUCAACGCAAAGCAACCUAUGGGUUGGCGGACACGACUCCAACAUUUAUGAGACUAAACUUUAUGGAAAGCCAUCCAAUUCUCUACUCAAACAAAUUAAACCCCAAUUUGUUGGACACGAAUCCGCUGUCACUUGUCUGGCCGUAUCUAUUGAUGGAAUGGCUUUAAUCUCGGGUUCAAAUGAUAAAACAAUAAAGAUUUGGCACAUAAAUAGCAAGCAAUGCAUGAAAACCAUUACUAAUAAAGGUCCCAUUUCCAAUCUACUCCUAUACCCCUUUCCCUCCGCACUGUUCGACCAAAAACCGCCAAAUAUUGUGAUAAAGCCAUUCAAAAGGACAAUAAUUAAUGACUUGUAUAGUGGCGAUCCGGACAACCAGUAUUGCAUUGAAAUAAUUAACGAUAAGUGCCUAACAAAUAGCCUCUCGUUUAUGAAAGGUCUAGAUGUGAGGGAAGAUAUAAGCGCUCCGAACAAAGAGAUCGAAAGUGAGACACAGAUGGCUAUCGAAGACUUGACCACAUUUGCCAUCGAAUACAGAGAAUUAAUAAAUAAUGAGACAAACAAUGAAACCCUGAAUAUAAUUGACGGCUAUUUGACAUUAAAUGAUAGUUCGUUUAUGUUUAACGAAACCGAUCUGAAGACGCCUUUCAUCAUAACAUCAAAUGUCACCACAAAUGGCUCAAUGGUGUCAAUCAAUGUCGAAACGCCUGAUUAUACGAAUGGCACUGAAAUUGACUUAUUUGUGAACACAUCGACACCAAUAAGUCUUAAUUACUCGACGACACCCUUUGAGACAAACGAUACAGAAUUGACAGAAAUGCCAGACUAUGAGACCCUAUCCACUGAAGUGACACAACAUUUGAAUGAAUCGCCGUUUCAUAACUCGACCAUCACUGGCAUCGGUUCCGUAACACAGAGUUCUGUCGACUUAAAUAACGGACUCAACGAAGAGUCUGAGAAAUGUGUUUUCGAGAAACAAAUUCUAUGCAAAAACAUUCAACUAAUGUGUUUCGGUUCGGGAGAAGUGGACUGCGGGUCAAAAGCCAGGAACAGGAGAAACACUAUAAGUGCGGACACAAUAGUGAACCGCACUCUCGAUGACAACGACUCUAGUUUUCAAGUGUCUAAACAAUAUCUCGAGAAACAGCCCCUAAGCGAGAGAAUCGAGAAUAUAAAGUGUGUUUUGACAGCUCAUCAUAACUCCUACUUUGCGUGCAAUCCUUUGCCCACAAUUAAUGACUGCAACGGAAAGAGUGACUGCAAACCAAUGGAUCAACAUAACAGCGGAUCCGAAGAUACAUUACCCGUUUGGAAAGUAGGUCUCAUCGCAGCCCUGACCGCAAUCGGCGCCGUCUGUUUCAUUGUUGUCGCAGUCGUCGCAUACGUUUCCUAUAAUAAACUCAAAAUACGACCGGAACUAUCAGCUAAUGGCUAUCAUAACAACCCUGAAAACGUAACCCGAGUUUAACAUCGCUUUUAAUAACUUUUUGUGGUUAACAAUCAAUUGGUGAAAGUGUUAACGAACUCAAUGUACUACUAAUGUUGGUCUCUAUAUAUGAAUGGAAAUUAAGUGAACGCCUCAAUAAACAGCUGCUUAAGCGCAAUGAGUGCCCAGACCUGAGGCGCUCAGGGAAUUGAUUUGAAUACGGCGUCCACUGAAUAGUUAUAUAACUGAGAAUUAAUUUCCUUUAAUUCGCAUAAUUCUCUCCUAAUGUCUUCGUUCUCAUCAUUGGGUGAAAUAUCGUC